AUGGUCUCAGGUGGUGCAGAUCCCUCCAUUCAUCUGUGGGAUUUAGAGACCAGAGGCUCCCAGUUGAACCAGCUUCAUCGACCGAUCGCGUCCGUCAACAAAGCAUCGCAUGAGGAAGCCCACACCCAUGCCAUCACUUCCCUCUCGAUCUAUCCGUUCGAUCCCGUUCCGUCGACUAUAUUGACAACCUCGCACGAUGGGACCCUCAAACUCUCGGCCUUGGAAUCCACAACUGUCACCCCAGUGCACACAUUCAAGCUCGAUUGUACUCCCUACACGCAUGCCAUGUCUUCGCAUGCCGCGUCGCCCCUUCUCAUCGCCGUCGGUACCUCUGAGAAACCUGUCCGAUUGCUUGAUCUCCGCUCCGGUCUAUCUACGCAUGGUCUCCCGGGGCAUACCUCCUCGGUUCUUUCCGUUUCAUGGGCUCCUCACCAACCGCACAUCCUGGCGUCGGCAUCAGCCGAUAACCGAGUGAUUCUCUUCGACAUCCGGCGCGGCGGACACAAUUCUGCAAUCUCGGCACUGGACAUGGACGACGCUGUCGGAUUAGUUCCACCACACCUCGCACCGACAGGCUACGAAAGUCGCCCACCAUACUCUCCACAUGCACGAGCCCACAACGGCGCCGUAACCGGCGUACGGUGGACCUCCAAUGGCACGCACCUAGUGACAGCGGGACAGGACGCGCGCAUUCGCGUCUGGGACGCAUCGACUGGAGCCAAUACCCUUGUUCACUUCGGGCCCAGGUUGCGGAAUAGCGUUUCGUCUCAUCUCGCGGAACGCGCACCACUGGUGCUCCCGCGGGGUGUAAUGGACUCAGGCCACGAGACGCUUCUAUGGGCGAACUUCAACGAGAAAGACGACCGCGGAGAGAUCUUCAUGUUCGAACUUCGAGACGGGUCAUUCGUCAAGCGCCUCCGAAUCCCGGGCCUUCUGGCCGGAUCGCAGCAUCAGUUUCGAGGCCGGUCCAGCGCACUGAGCGCGGCGCGUAUCAACGCCCUGGCAUGGCGCGGCAACGGAGCCUCUGGCGAGGGCGUGGAGAUGUUCUCUGCGCAUGGCGACGGGACAAUCCGGACUUGGAUAUCUAGAGACCCUGACGGAGAGCCCGAUGAGGCCGAAGAAGCUGAGCAAGCGGAUAGAAAGCGAAAACGGGAUGUUCUCGAAGAAAUAUACCAGGGGUUUCUAGCGCAAUGA